AUGGAUGUAGGACGCGAGGGCCACUCGGGCCUUUAUACCAUGCACUUCUCCACAGUGUUCCCAGUGGAGAAGGCGUCACAGGAGAAGGCAAGCAGCACCGCGACGAACUUGUCCUUUUCAUCCUCGCCACCGGUACCGGCGUCCUCCGAGGAGGUCAAGCCUAGCGCGAGCGGCACCCCGGGCUGCUCUCUCUCCCAGUUCAGUCAAUGGCACAUGCUGAUCCGCGUGGACGUGGAGAACGAAAUGUUCUUUGUGAAGGGUGACGCCAAGGUGUUCUCGCCAACGCCUUCGCUGACCAGCGGGAUGGCGCGCGGCAUCAACCGCGAUGGCACACCCACGCAGAGCUCGACGUCGCCGGACGGCAUCCCGAUUGUGCCUGUGCAUCAGAAGGAUCGGCGGUGCAGUGUUUCUAUUGGGAGCUACUAUCGUCAAGUCGAGGGUCUCGAGGCUGCAGGGACAGCACCGUCGUCAUCCAUGCUCGGUUUGGAGGUGCGGAUGCCACGACUGGAGGCGGCUGUGUUGGGGAUCGCGAGGCCGGAGAUGCUGACGGACGUCGUGCUGAACUGCUCAGGACACAAGUCCUGCGGGUGGUACAUGGGCGCAGUAACGGUGACGGCGGAAGGGAAGGCGGUAGUGACGCCGCAGACGAUUCGGUUCCUACUGAAGCCCUUCUACGGUCACCGAUGCGCGCAGUGCCUCGACCCUGUCUACGCCAUCGGCUACACGUGCGAGCACUGCCAGGUGCCCCACUACUGCUCUCGGGAAUGCAUGAAUUCGCACAUGAAGCGGCAUCACAAGCUCCUGUGUCCGCUGUUGUAUGAGAAGUACCGCUUCCAGUCUGGUGAGGUGGUGACGGAGGUGCCGGAUGGGUCGGCACUCGUGGCGUGGUGGCGCUGCCUCGAACACGGCACCUUUAGCGUGCUGGUGGACCCCAACAACUCUCUCGGCUACGCAAUUGAGCUGACGCUGAACGUGCUCAAAUCGACACGGCAGGAGGGUCUGCAGUACCGCCUGGUGUCGUCCACGGCACUGACGUCGUCGCCGCCCCAGGAGGAGGUGGCGCGGUUCGCCUGUGUGCUGCUGCGCGAGGUGAACCGCAGCGCUAUACUGGUGGGCUGUGCGCCGCUCGCGGCGGCUUGCCUCGAUUAUCUCUACGUCUUCAGCCCAACCGCCGACUUCGCCAUCCAGGCGCAUAUACUCUUUUUCACCACCUUCCACUGCGAGGACCUCGACGUGCCGAUCGACACCUUUGAGGAGUACGUCUCCUACGCACGUCCCCUCCACGCGCUGGCGUCGCUGCAGAUCAACUACGCGCUCAAGAGCACGAUUCCGGCAGAGUUCUGGCGUCGUGUGAAGGUUGCGAAGGACUCUAUCGCCUCGCUGCUGGCGGUGACUAACGUCGUGCCCAGCGGCGGAGUGGAGGGACUGAGGGAGAUCAUCACAGCACAACAGCGCGACGCACUCAUGAUGCUGUCGCGCAUUUUUGUGAUGAUGGCGGCGCGCGCGCCAGAGAGUGAGUGCCAGCGCUGGCUGGAGCAGGCGGAGCGCUGCCUGAGUCAGUGCCAGGAUGGCCUGGCCGUGCCCAACUCCUGCGAGGUGGAUGCGAUGAUAUGCUUCCGCCGCGCAGCCCUCUUGCUUCUCUUCAAGACUGAUGCGAAGACGGAGGAGGCCAAGGUGCAGCGGAAAAAGGGUGAGUCGUUCCUGAGGCUGCGUCAAAAUCCCUCGUUUGACGCAACAAGCAUGCAGCAGCAGAAUGGCGUGGAAAAGGGUGAGCAGAUCCAGGAUGGCGUCAUGAAGGCAUAG